GGAAUCAGGUUGAUAGUGAAUCAUCUGAGAAAUGGCCACACGCCUCAGAUCGGUUGGUAAGAAAUGUACAGUGAUCGGCGGGUCAGGAUUCUUAGGCCAGCACAUGGUGGAGCAGCUCCUGGAGAAGGGUUACAUGGUCAAUGUGUUUGAUAUUCAGAAGAGAUUUGAAAAUGACAGAGUGCAGUUCUUCCUGGGAGACCUUUGCGACAAAGAGGCUUUGCUCCCAGCUUUACAAGGUGUGUCAGUGGCAUUUCAUUGUGCAUCACCAGCACCUUCAAGUGACAACAGGGAACUCUUUUAUAAGGUGAAUUUUAUGGGAACCAAAGCAGUCAUUGAAGCCUGCAAAGAAGCUGGAGUGCAGAAACUGGUGUUAACUAGCAGUGCCAGUGUAGUUUUUGAGGGCACAGACAUAAAAAAUGGAUCAGAAGACCUCCCUUAUGCAAAAAACCCUAUUGACUAUUACACAGAGACAAAGAUUCUACAGGAGAAGGAAGUGCUCAGUGCAAAUGACCCAUGCAACAAUUUCUUCACUACUGCUAUUCGUCCCCAUGGAAUAUUUGGUCCCAGAGACCCUCAGCUGGUUCCCAUCCUCAUCCAAGCAGCUAAGAGUGGCAAAAUGAAGUUCAUAAUUGGGGAUGGAAAGAACUUGGUAGAUUUCACCUAUGUGGAAAACGUGGUCCAUGGACACAUCCUAGCUGCAGAAAAUCUUCAGAAAAACUCUCCUCUGUGUGGGAAGGCAUUUCAUAUCACAAAUGAUGAACCAGUUCCUUUCUGGGCUUUCAUGUCGCGUAUCUUGACUGGCUUGAACUACGAUCCUCCCAAGUACCAUAUUCCCUAUUGGCUGGCAUAUUACCUGGCCCUAUUCCUGUCUCUAGUGCUGUGGCUGUUAAGUCCACUGGUCACCAUCAAGCCUACUUUUACACCUAUGCGGGUAGCAUUAGCUGGAACGUUUCACUACUACAGCUGUGAACGGGCCAAAAGAGACAUGGGCUACAAACCAGUGGUGAGCUUGGAUGAAGCAAUAGACAGGACUCUGCAGAGCUACCCCCACCUACGCCGGGCUAAGGCCUGAGAAGUCCUAAAUGGAUUUUUUCUACUUGAUUUUCCUAAUUGCUUUGACAUCUUAACGUGAACACUGAAGCAAAUUUCACUAAUUCUCUGGAACAGGGAGUUUUCCUGAAGGCCCUCCUCCUCACCAUUAUAAAGACAGCUUUAUCUGGGUUGAAAAAAACUCAUGUA